AUUUCAUACACUGGACUUUUCACCCGUAUCACUGCAACACGUUUCUCUUCGUCAUUUCAUCAAACACCUAGUAGUCAAAACCCUAAAUAUCUUCUCAAAUCAUAGCAAAUAUAGAGCGAAUUUGGAAUAUUCAAAAUCAGAAAUGGGAGAUGUAGCUGAUAAAGUAGCAUAUUUUCAAUCAAUCACUGGUCUCGAUGAUUCCGAUUUAUGUACAGAGAUUCUCUCCGCACAUAAUUGGGAUCUCGAAUUAGCCAUCUCUAAUUUCACAUCCAAUACUACUAGUAGCAGUUCUAGGAGCACGAAUCCCGAGGAAGUAGAAACAACUGGACUUGUUGUUGGUGGUGGAGUACCGCUGCCACGUGGACUUGCUUGGAGGAUUGUUACGUUGCCCUUUUCUAUUAUUUCCGGUAGUCUAGGCUUAAUUUCAGGUGCGGUUGGAUUUGGAAUGUGGGCGGCUGGUGGUGUUCUAUCGUAUGGGUUAGGCAUGAUUGGGCUAAAUUCGGGACGUAAUGGUGAGUCGUCGACACGAUUGGUGUCAGUAUCCGCAGCGGUAUCAGAGGCUAUGGAUUUUGUUGCGUGUUUUGAGAGGGAUUUUGGUAGUACAAGGCCAAAUUUUGUUGCUGAAGGUUUUAUGGACGCAUUGCAGAGGUCUAGGAAUGAGUAUAAGCUACUGUUUGUUUAUUUGCAUUCGCCUGAUCAUCCGGAUACCCCUGUGUUUUGUGAGAGGACUCUUUGUAAUGAGGUUUUGGUGGCGUUUAUUAAUGAGAAUUUUGUUUCUUGGGGUGGGAGUAUUAGAGCUAGUGAGGGUUUUAAGAUGAGUAAUAGCUUGAAGGCGUCAAGGUUUCCCUUUUGUGCUGCUGUAAUGGCUGCAACGAACCAGAGGAUUGCUCUGCUACAGCAGGCGGAAGGGCCAAAAUCUCCGGAAGAAUUGCUUACAGUACUGCAAAGAGUGAUAGAGGAAAGUGCCCCUGUGCUUGUCACGGCCAGGGUUGAGGCAGAAGAAAGAAGAAACAACAUACGUUUGAGGGAGGAGCAAGAUGCUGCUUAUCGUGCUGCACUAGAAGCUGAUCAAGCUAGAGAGCGCCAGCGGAUAGAGGAGCAAGAGCGUCUGGAGAGGGAAGCUGCUGAAGCUGAAAGGAAAAGGAAGGAGGAAGAAGAGGCCCAGGAAAGAGCAGCACACGAAGCUGCUGAAAGUGAAGCUGCAUUAGCUAAAAUGCGGCAGGAGAAACUAUUGUCAUUGGGCCCUGAACCUGAGAAGGGUCCUGAUGUUACCCAAGUUUUGGUACGGUUUCCUACUGGAGAGCGCAAGGAGAGGAGGUUUCAUUGUACUACUACAUUACAGUCGCUGUACGACUAUGUUGAUUCUCAGGGAUGCCUAGAGGUUGACAAUUACAAGCUGGUAUCCAACUUCCCUCGAACAGUAUAUGGCUCAGAGAAGCUUUCUUUGUCCCUUAAAGAUGCAGGACUACAUCCUCAGGCCAGCCUUUUUAUCGAGUCGACCUAAUGAGAACUACAUUCAUCUUGAUGGGUUCAAUUAGUAGUCUUGUUCUAGAAUUUUUCCUUCCGAAAUGUUUGUAACUCAUCCAUAGUUAGCAAGUGAAUUCAAUAGACAAAUUCUUGCCUAUACUAUUUACUGUUUUCUCCCAACAUAGAAAUAAGCGAAUGGGAUAAUUAAUAGCAGAUUCAAUACAAAUUGCAAAGAA